AUAUCAAAUUUUUAUCUUCAAUUAGUCUUGGUCGUUCUUCCUAUACUGCGGUUUCACACCAUGUAAGUAGAAAAUUUGAUUUAAAAGAUAUUAGAUUUUUACUUUCAUUUAGCCUUGGUCAGGUUUUUUGUGCUACAAUUUUCGUGCCAUAUAUCAAAUUCUUAUUUUCAUUUAGUCUUGGCCAGGCUUUUUUUGCUGCAAUUUUUGUGCCAUAUUUUGUAACUAUGGUUAGGCUUCCCAAAAUACCCGAUACACCCGAUGAUUUUAACAACAUAGUUAAUUAUCUUCAACAUGGAGUUUUUGCAGAAAAAUACAAUAGCCCACUAAAAAAAUCAAAUUUUCAAAGAUGA